ACUUCAGAGACCAGAGUUCAAAGCGACUGCAAAACGAGAACAAGAAUAUUUAAUAUUUAGAUUAUUGAAAAUUUCAUAUUUACAUCUAUUGUAGCUAAUCUAUACUGUAUAGUAAUACUUUUUUAAGAGUAAUAAUGAAAUCUGUUGAUAAAAAGAAGGUCAAAAAGCCGAUUAAAAAGAAACCGUUCGUAAAACCGAAAAAAGAGAAGGUGUUAAUAGUAGCUCAAGAAUUUAAGUUUGCUAAAUUGUUAUCAGGAAAUGAAAAAACGACUCGUGAUCGUGUACUUAAAUCACUGAAGAAAUGGUUAUCAAGUUGUUUUUCCAAAAAUUAUGUUUUCAAAGAAGAUGACUUUAUUAGAGUAUGGAAAGGAUUAUUUUAUGCUGUUUGGAUGUCUGAUAAACCUCUUAUACAGGAAGACCUAUGUGAAAGUAUAUCUCAUAUCUUAGAUUUAUUUCCUAAUGACCAAUUUAAAUAUGCAUUGAUGAUGACCAAAGUUGGGUUCAAAGUCCUAGGCACAGAGUGGUAUGGCAUUGAUCAGCAUAGAAUUGAUAAGUUUUUGAUGUUGGUACGGCGAUACUUACGUGGAAGUUUCCGAUGUCUAUCAAGAAAGGAUUGGGAUUCUGAUGCUUGUAUUGCUUAUGCUAAUAUGUUAUCCUCUGAAGAUGGUGUGCUAGCUGUAAAGACUCCAUUCUAUGCUAGAAAUGGUAUAUCAAUGAUACUACAUAUUAUUGAGUGCUUUUUAGAGGAAUUGGCAAAGAUAUCAAAAGGAAAAAUUCCUGAGGAGUGUCUCACAGAGCUGUUAGAUCCGUUCAUUAAACAAAUAUGUAUUGGUGAACAACAUGAAGUAUAUACAGCCAGUCGCCAGUUGCUUACAGAUUUGCUCAAACAAAGCGACCUUGGUUUAAAAUAUGCCGGAGCUACACAGGCUUGGAAAAAUAUGGGUUGUCCAGAUGGUGGACCAGAUGCCUUUGAACUUAUUUCAGAUGAAGAAGCUGAAGAAGAUGCUGAGAAAGAUUGUAGCACAACCAACGGUCCUUUAGAUCCUCGAGCUGGACGAGUGAACGUCAUAUUGGAGCCACUUCCCGUCCCAGCUCAAUUAGUAGCUCAAAGGAUUAGACAGUAUAUGAAAAUGUCCGCCUCAAAGGCUUAUAAGCGAGCUAAUACUUGCUUGCAAAGGUUUGAAAAACUCUCCCAAGACGACUACCCGUUAAAAAUAAGGACAGCAGAAAUGGAACUGCCCUUACCAAAGGGCAAUACAAAGAAGUCGGCUGCAAAUUUGAAAUUGCUAGAAAAGAGCCUUGUUGUGGGAUCUGACGAAUUGGCACUCAGAGGUCUCAGCCGAAAGCACAGGAAACGAUUGCUCGCGAAAUCUCGCUCCGGACUCAGUAUAAUGGAGGAUAUUCCUGACAUACAGACAGAUGAGAAUAAGGAAGAAAAAGAAUCUACAAAACCCGAAGACAAAGUAAAAAGUAGAAAACGGAAAAAUAAAGAUGUCGCGAAGCCGGAUAAAAAACGUAAGCUUGAAGUUAAGGAGGACGUUAAAAAGGAAACGAAUAAAAAAGUUAAUAAAAAAAAUAAGGAAAAUGAACAGGUAGAUAAGACGAAAAGUAAAGUUAAAACAAUCAAGAAAGACAAUGUACUAGUAAAUAAAAAAGAAAACAAGAAUGCUAUCAUUCCCAAAAAUAAAAGUAACGAGAAAACAAAAGUAGACUCGAAAAAUGACGUAAAAUCAGAUAAAAAGGAGCCAGUGGCCAAAACCGAGAAAAAAGAUAAGAAACAAAAUAAAAAACAAGAGAAAACGGCGGUAAAAGCUAAAAGUUUUGCAAAAGCAGAGAAAAAUGUUAAUGUAGAAACACCAAAAAAGGUUAAAUUUGUUUUAAAAAACAAUUGUAUGCAAGGAACAGUUGACUAUUACAAAAGUAUCAGACAAAGUCCUAGUAUUCCGUUUGACAGUAGCAAAAAACCGGCAAAAACCAACCUCAAACCGUCAACUCCGUCACCUAUUAAUCCGUUUUUUAAGAAAAAACUUAGACUUAAGUAAUUCAAGUGUUUUUACGUUAAUUUCUUGAUGUACUAUUAAAUGAAGGCAAUUUAUUGCUCAAUAAAUAACUGUACAAAUUAGUGAAUUAUCUUAAUGUUAUAAUUUCCAUAAGGAAUGUUUUUUAUUAAUGUGUCUUGUUUACUUGUUGUAAGCCAGUACUUAGUACCAAUAAAAAAUGAUAAAUA